AUGACUCUCAUUGAAGAAAUUGGAAAGCUGCGCGGGGACGCCAGCACCAUGAUCGGUAUAUGCGAGGGCGCGUCUAGUGAAGCCGUCGAGGAGGGCUUCAAACUUGAAGUUUUACGACGGGCGAGGAAUUUGUCGCAGCAGGUAGAAAUCAUGGUUAAAGAAACGGCUAUCCUAGAGACUCAGCUGCAAGCCUCUAGGAUGGCGCAGGCCGAGAUGCGCAGGGAACUUGACAAGCUCCAGGAGACGUUCAACAGUCGUCUUCAUGACCAAGUCAACAAAGAGACCGAAAAGCUCAAGUCGAAUAUCAGUGAGCGGAUGGAGAAGCAGCCUGACAGCCGCUUCAUUGCACUCGCGACAGAGGUUCGCCGGGCAGAUGCGGAGAUAUCCCCUUGCCAGAUGGAGCGUGAGACGCGCCUCGAUGAAAAGGAACAACGCCUCUGCGAAAUGGAGAAGCGGUUAACAGAGCGACAGGAGUCAUUGGAUUUCCGCGAAACCUCGCUACGGGAAACUCGCAACGAGGUCAAUAGUCGAAUGCGUGAACUGGCAGCUGAUCGUGACCACUCAUUUGAGCAUGUGCGGGAGUUGCUGGACGACCGAUUCCUCACCAUACAAGCCGGACUGGCAGAUCUCAAUCUUAUCCGGAAACUGCAAGACGAUUUCAAAGAGCAGCAGGCGGCCCUGCGAGACUUAGCCUCGAAGAGCGAUAUUGACUCUGUUGUAUCGCGACUCUCGGUAUUGCCGAACCUGGUUGAAGCGAUGGCAAGUCUAUUGUCGGUAGAGCAAGUUCACGCCAUUGUGAGCAAUGGCGUCUCUAAUUUGGUGACAAGAUCAGACUUGGAAUCCCUUGGACUGUUGGACAAUGCCAGCGAUCGUGUGCAGAGACGCGACAUCACCAACCUGACUGCACAGGUAUUACAGGCCAGCACUGACCACGAGGCAACUCUUGCACAAUUGCGUCAGGGAAUCUCUAACCAAGUCUUCCUGAGACUUGACUUGCGUAAUCUCGUCUCCAAGAUCGAUUCCAUCGCCUCCGACCUUCCAAACCGGUCUGUUGUCGCGGAACUGGCGAGCACCGUGCUGCGUAACAACGAUGCUCGAGACUCUGAGCAUCAGGCGCAGACAGCAGAAUUGGCAGAAAUAUCUGCCAAGGUUGAUGUUCUCAACAACAAGUUGGCGGACACAAACCUUGCAAAAAAAGCCGACGUUGUCGAACUGGCUAACAAAGUCGAUGCGCUGAAUACCAUAAUUACAAAGGCAGACUUUCCCAAAAAUUCCGACAUUACGACACUGGCCAACAGAGUCUUGAACAUUGACCUUGAUCGGGAAACGGCGUCUCAAAAGGUGUCCCAGGCGGUCUCUCUCAUGUCGGAGAAUCUUGCCAAACACCUUGAGGCGCUGACAAAUUGGAGAGGAGCAACAACCCCAGACAGCUUGCAAACGACACUCGGGGAGCUUGUUGAGAUUGUCGGGUCGAUCAAGCAGCAGAUUGACGGCACCUCGGAGGUAGUUGGCCAGAUUUCCAGUGAUCUGGGCAAGCUCGGCGGCCCAACGCCACCUUUGACGACGGAGGCAGGCAAACCAAAAUGGCUGUACAAGUACCAGAGUCUGCGAUUCUGGGACAGUGCAAUCGACGAGGCAUUGUCUGAUCUAACCAUUCUCAAUGUGGUUGGGGCCGAAAACAUGGAGCCAAAGGAGGUGAGUCGAUUGCUGCUAGAUACUCUGCAGCCCGCGAACAUCGAGAGCGCGAUACAUUUGGUCUGUGAAGGACCAGCUGAGACUUGGUUCUGUUCUCGGGGGUUCCGGUUUGACGAGCAAAUCGAGGUUGAGAAUGACUUUUGUCCCUUUCACGAGGACUGCAUUUUCGUCAAGCGCAUCCACUUCAACGAUGAAGACGGGAGGCCCAGCAUCGGACUGAAGUUCCGCAAGCCAAAUGCAUGUUAA